UGGGAGGUAGUCAGGCUGCUGUCACAUGGCAUGUGUUUGCAGGUUCUGCUGUGGGGAGGAGGGAUUCUGCACAGACCUUUGUGUAAGAGGAACAACUGAGGCAUUUUUUCAUGUGGCCCUUCAACAAGUUGAAACAGUGAAUCGGAUCAAGGAGGAGCUGCGUUGACCAAACAGCCCAUUAUGGAAAUCCCAGCCAUAAACUUGAAGGCCAUAGUACUCGUACACUGGCUGCUAACUGUUUGGGGGUGCAUGGCAUGGCUUCCCAUUUCCUUCGGAUGGGGAAACUUCAGCGUUUUAGCGGUCGGAGUGUGGGCGAUAGCACAGAGGGACUCCAUUGAUGCUGUUCUCAUGUUUCUAGUUGGAAUGGUGGUGACCAUUUUGACCGACAUCAUCCAUUUCGGGAUCUACUACCCGCUGAGCGACUUUGCAGCUGAGCGGGGACGGGACGUGUUUCGCUUCAGCGUCGGAAUGGCCAUCCUCAACCUGCUGCUCAAACCCGUCUCCUGCUUCUUUGUCUAUCAAAUGUACCGCGAGCGAGGAGGAGAGUACAACGUCAACUUUGGUUUUCCCUCUGUAUCACGAAACAGGGAAGCAUAUCAGUCGAUUGACCAACAGGACGAGUCCUCCAGCCCAGCGAAUCCCUUCAACCAGGCCCAGGACAGCAAGCCAGGAGCGCGCACGUACUGAGAGGCAGGAGCCGAUCAAAGCCGUGCCUCCCUUAGAGUUUUUUUAUAUGACGGGCAAAGCGCUCUCAGAAAGGUUGUUCAAUCAAUUCUCUUUUUACAUUUAAAACUUUCCUGUGGAGCGCAGCGCCAGGAAAAAAAUGUGUUUAAGUGUAAAAUGUAGCCAAACUGAAGUGCUUUUUUAAAAAAUGGAUUCAAACAUGUUUUUUUGUUGGGCCGGGCCAUAUCUGCUGAGUGUAAUCAGAGUCAAAUCUGUUUACUUUCUCCAGUGCUGCGUGGAUGUUGUUACCAUCUGUUAUUUUUUAGUAAACACGUGUUGGAUGGAACUGUUUUUUGUCAGACUUCAGAGUUCACUGUUUUUGUUCAGUAAAAGAUGUUCUUGUCGUAUUUUUUAAAAAAUUUUCAACUGUUCUUUGCUUUAUAUAAACAGACGUUAAAGGAAAUAUUGGAUUGACUGGAACAGAGGAAAAUUUAAGACAAUUGCUGAGCCUCAGAAGGUCUGUUUUGGGUUUGUUCUGAGCUGGAAAGACCUUUGCUUUAGCACAAGUGCAAAAUGCAGACAGGCUGUUUAUUUAUCUUGAUGUUUUUUUUAGUAUUAUCAUUAUUAUUAUUAUUAUUAUUAUUAGCAAAGCAUACUGCUUUGGCUAUUGCCACCAAGCUAGCACUGUAACUAUGAACAAAGAUAAGUGAUUUUUUUUUUUCUUGGGUGAUCCCAAUUGAUCCGUUCGCGUUAUUUACAAAGCAGAAGCAAGACUUCUGCAGUCCUCCAGUCUGGCAUGAGCACCCUGUGAUUGUGUGAGCUUGUGUGAAACUCAAAUAAAUGACAGACCACACACUGCGCAGCCUGUCGAUGUGUGAAACAA